UGGGGUCCAGCGGGGCAGUUGCAUGCGCCGGCGAUCUACACGUGACAGCGCGCUUGAGGGCGCGUCUUCCAAGACAAUUCAGCUACUUCUGCCUGAUCACCACAAAGAUGCGCUGGCCCAGUGAGAUCACGACAGAACAUGGACGCCUUCGUGUCAAGAAAGAGGAAGCGGGCUGAUGUGUCGCAAAAGCCUGUACCGCCACCGGCGGCUUCUGCAGCUUCUAAACGCAUCUCAGCAUCAGAACAGGAUGAAGAAUCCACAGACUUCAAGCUAGCUCUGCUGGCUUCACUACAUCCAGUUGCUGAAGAAACGACGUUACUCGAAGCGCUGCUGGCCUCAGACGGAUCUGUCGAACAAGCAUCUACAUGCCUCGCACAGAGUACAUUCGCGUCCCUAAAAAAACGAAGUGCGAACGCCACUACUGGCUACCAAUCAUCACUAUCAUCAUAUCAUGUGAACUCUGACGGUAGUGGGCCGGCGAAGAAGGCAUUGGUCAAGAAGGGCAAGACGCUCCACCUGUUCAGCCCAGAAGAUAUCGAGCAGCAUACGCCAUGCUCUAUCAUUCACAAUUUCCUGCCGCCUCAGCAAGCAAAUGCAUUGUUACAGCAAUUACUCGAUGAGGCACCAACGUAUCAAAGUCUCGAGUUCAAGCUGUUUAAUCGCGUGGUUACCAGCCCUCACACGUUCUGCUUCUACGUCAACUCUCUUGCCGAGGCAGAGGAGCAGAAGACCGAGUACAUCUAUGAUGGCCGCAAAGUUGAGAACGUUCAGCAAAGCCUGCCAGAGAUGCUCAACGCAGUCCCCCAAGUCGAAGAAGCCGUCAACCGCGAGAUACAACGAAGGAUCCUCGACUUCUACCCCAACAGCAAAAAGCUCAAGUAUCAAUCUCCCCACCCCUGGAAAGCCAACACUGCAUUCGUGAACUGCUACGACGGCCCCCAAGAACACGUCGGCUACCACGCCGACCAACUGACCUACCUCGGCCCACGCGCAGUCAUCGGCAGCCUUUCUCUCGGCGUAGCACGCGAGUUCCGCGUCCGCAAGAUUCACGUUGAAGACGACAAGCACCGCAAAGACGACGGCUCUCUCGCAGACGCCCAGGGACAAAUCUCAAUCCACCUCCCGCACAACUCGUUGCUAAUUAUGCAUGCCGAGAUGCAGGAAGAGUGGAAACACUCCAUCGCCCCUGCGCAAGCUAUCGAUCCGCAUCCUCUGGCGAAGAACAAGCGGCUCAACAUCACAUAUCGGUUUUACAAGGAUAGUUUGCAUCCGCGGUAUACACCGAAGUGUAAAUGCGGCGUACCUACUGUGCUGAGGUGUGCUACGAGGAAGAAAGAGUCGAGAGGAAGAUAUAUAUGGAUGUGUCAUACGAACUAUGUUCCUGGGCAGGAUGGAUGCUCGUUCUUCCAGUGGGCGGAGUUUGACGAUGAUGGAGAGCCACCUUGGGCCGCGAAGGCGAAUGCUGAUCAGGAGAGGUUGGCCAAAGAGAAACCGUCGUCGUUGAAGGACGAGAAGGACACGGAGGUCACAUGAGACCCUACUCAACGACCGACAAUAUCCACACCAUUUUCAAUCCACGUGGCUACUCGAGGAACACUCGAGCUGCGUCGCACUACGCAGCCCACCGCGUGCCCAACCAUCUACACCGCAUACCUACCAACCACGCGACCCUACUUU